ACGUGUGCAGGGCGAGAUGCCGACUACGUCCAAGAUUCCUACAAGACUUAUGAUUGGACUUCUUAAGGCGUAAAUUUAUCCGCUGUUGCACACGCUAAUGGAUAUACUAUAAACAGUAAUCAAUUGUCUUGUUGACAUGAUCAGGUUUCAUUCGGACGAUCCUCCUAGAUUAUCACAAAUUGACACCAAGGCGGCUAAAUUAACACCUACGUAGUCUUAGCGAAUCUUGGUUUAAGCUGCUUCCCCGCGUUAUGAUAUAACGAUGGGGAAAGGAUAUUAUAACCUUUGCUCAUGCGGAGUCUCGCUUACCAUGGACGCGCAUAUAUAUGAUCAUCGCCUAUUCCACGAGGUAAAGAAAUUAUCUUACGUUUAACAUCGUCGUACCCCCCCAAUCGCGAAAAUGCGUCUUUCACUCUUCCUUUCCGCCAGCGUUCUAGCGCCUAUUGGCCUUGCUGCCCCCCUCGCGCUCGAUGGGGCUCUCAUGAAGAGAGAGAACCUAUGCAGCUUAAAGGCCCCCCCUGCUCUUUGCGAACCGGACCCCUCCGUGACUGUCGAGGAGACAGCCCAGAGAGCUUAUGACUUCUACCGCGCGUUUGUAGUUGAUGGAGACCCGCGAAAGAUGUUCUCCCUCAUCGACUCAUCGUACAUACAACACCACCCGGGAUAUGCUUCAGGGCCUGGUACUAUCUGGAGUAUUUUCUGCAGCGGAAGUAAGCUAGGAAACGAACAAAGCACAGCUUGGUGCUUCGAUUCUAGCACGAACAUGUCGUAUGCACGAUACUCGACUACUGAUCGAUGGCGCUGGGUUGAUGGUUGUGUCCACGAACACUGGGACCAGGGUGAGACCAUCCCCACGGAUAAAUGCUACAAGUUGCCCACGGGUACAUCAUGAAGAGUCCUUAGGCGAAUUCCAGAUGAGUGUGUGUUGCAUGGAUAUAAGCCUGGGUACCAACCUGUAUAAAGUCAAGUCAAUUCAAAUUCAAAAACGUUGAAUCAUGUAAUGGCUCAUAUUAGACCCUAUACGAGUUUUUACGUGACCACUUACGGUGAGUUUCAUCAGCACAAUGCUGUAGAUAAUUUAGCUUGAAUAAAGUGCCCGCCCCCCUUUUGUUCCUCAAACCAUAUAGAUUAGAUUUUUGGCUGCGAUGGUGUAUUUUAACGACGUUUGGUCUGAUUUA